AUGACAUUUUUUAGAAUCAUUUUAUAUUCUAUAGCGUUUAUGAUUACCUCAGGUACAAUUACAAAUCACACAGACUCUCCAUGUACUGCAACAAACCCAAAAACUAACCAGUAUGUUGAUUUACGAGGUCUUCAAAGGACAGAAAAAGAUGGAUAUAAUUGGCUUAUAAAAGAUGAGGAAAAUAACAGGAGUUACAGUAUUAAUAUUUGUGCACCUCUUAUAUUUAACACAACAGAAAUUCAUGAAAUAGAUCAUGAAAAUGUCAGUGCAAUCUAUAUUGAUAAAAAUGAAACGUUUUCAAUUGGAAGCAUACCAUCAAAUAUACACUUUCAAGGGGAGAAACUAGUUCUUCAGUAUGAAAACGGGUCUUUAUGUCCAGGAAAUAGUGCAUUUCGAAAAAGCACCACAAUAAGUUUUAUAUGUAAUCCUCAUAUGUAUAAAAAGCCACUUAUUUUUUUCAUCGCAGAUAUCAAUUCAUGUGCAUAUUUUUUUGAAUGGCAUACUGCUUAUGCAUGUUCAAAGACAUUAAACAAGCAUCUAAUUAAACCUGGCGUUGUUUUUAGUAUUAUUUUAUCAAUUGCAUUCACUGUAUACUGUAUAGGCGGAUGUAUUUACCGGAGUACUAUUAUGUAUGCUAGAGGUUGGAAACGAGUUCCACAUUAUGGGGUUUUUUUUUUUAUAAAAGACAUAGCAACAGCUUUUUUUGCAGCUUUAUGUUCAAAAAUACCUGCCUCAGGCUUUUUAAAACAAGACUAUAAUUACAUAAGACAUAUAGACGAAGAAAACAGACUGAUUGACGAUAUUUUAGUAGACGACUAA